GAAACGAAGAACGCAAAAAACAAAAAGUUCAUCCAGGAAGAUUCAAGACCGAUGAUUCAAAGGGCCAAAGAACGUAAAAACACAUCGACGAAAAGUCCAUUAAAAAAGAUUACAAGCCAACACGUCUACUUGG